UCUUAUAAGUUUGGCAAGCUUAAAUACAUCUGUUAUGGAAACGCAGCCGAGUUGUCCUUUCAAACCGGCGGCAGAGAGCGCGAGCAGCGAUCAUCACAGGAAUUCCAUGGCUCUGCGCAGCAUCUAAGCAAGUUCAAGUUCUCCUCAGUCGCUUUGGAUCUUAAUCGUGCUCCUUCGCCUUUCUGUUUGGGAUAGUAUGGGGCGACCCCCUCAUGGCGGAGGCCCCGCCUUUCGUUUCACAGCGAACGAGGUUAUGGAGAUGGAAACAUGCUUGCAAGAUGUAAAUAAUUUAAGCAAUUCAAUCCCUCCUCGCGAGACAAUAUGUGUGCUUGCAGAAAAGUUCAGUAUGUCAGCUGAACGAGCUGGAAAAGUGAUUGUGCAGCCCAAACAGGUUCUGAAUUGGUUUCAAAACAGGAGAUAUGCCUAUAGGGCAAAAGUUAAGGAACCAGCGAAGCUAAACGUCUCUCCUUUGCCUCGAGAUGAUCCUGCUCAAUUUAGAAAUGUAGCUCCUCCGCUUCCUACUCCCCAAGGAAGCAAUUCUUCGGAGAAUGUUGAGGUGGAAUUUGAGGCAAAAUCAUUGAGGGAUGGAGCUUGGUAUGAUGUUUCAGCCUUUUUGUCUUACAGAAUGUUUGAAACUGGCGAUCCGGAAGUGCGGAUUCGAUUUACAGGGUUUGGUGUUGAAGAGGAUGAGUGGAUAAAUGUUCGAAAGUGUGUUAGGCAGAGAUCUCUUCCUUGUGAGGCUGGAGAGUGUGUCGCAGUGCUUCCCGGGGACCUCAUUCUGUGUUUCCAGGAAGGUAAUGAGCAGGCUCUCUAUUUCGACGCUCAUAUCCUCGAUGCACAAAGAAGAAGGCAUGAUGUUCGUGGCUGUCGGUGUCGGUUUCUUGUCCGCUAUGACCACGAUCAGUCUGAGGAGAUAGUGUCGCUGAAAAAGAUAUGCAGACGUCCAGAAACUGAUCGGCGGCUGGAGUUGCUUCAGUCCUCCAUAGCACCAGGCUCAGGCUCUGGCUCUGCAGAUGCAGCAGGAGCGAGAUCAAGUAAAAAUCCUUCUCAACCUCACCCAUCUAAAGAUCAAAAUACGAUGAUUUCAAAGAGGACCAGAAAACAGCGAAAAUUGGUUGAUGUGAACGUGGAUGAGGUUAUGACUAUCGCUCUGCCUGCUCUCUCCAACCUCGCUGUUUCUGCAGCUCCUCUCAUUCCAACACAAGAUGAAUCCCCUCCAGUAAUUGGAGAUAACAGCAAUGUAGCUGCUAACCACUCUCUGAUCUGAUGGCUGCCACUGGUGGAAAUUGAGGACACAGAUCUAAUGAAGAGCAGAGUCUACCAGCUCAGAGAACUCUUAUUAGAUUGUUGGAUUUUU